AUGGAGUUGUGAAGAUUGUGGCAGAAGGCUCCAGAAUACAUGCAGUUGCAUUUCAGGGGUUCCUCAUUUGUCUUCAGCACUGCAGCUCAGCAGAGAAGCACAGGAGAUGAGUGUGGCCCAGAUGAUCCCCAUGAUGAGGCGAAGCAUCCCCUUUCUGAGCGUGCCUUGGAGCACAAAGCUAUCAAAUUGGAAGAGCAAGUCCGUGAUUUAACUGAGCGAUACCGGAAAGCUUUGGCAGAUUCCGAGAAUGUCCGGAGGAGAACACAGAAAUUUGUGGAAGAUGCCAAACUCUUUGGGAUCCAGAGUUUCUGCAGGGACCUCGUGGAGGUGGCAGAUAUCUUGGAGAAGACUGCCGAGAGCGCCGCAGGAGAAGCAGAGCCCAGUAAUCCCAACCCAACCUUAAAGAAAAUCUACGAAGGCCUCUCUGUGAUCGAGGCCAAGCUGCAAAGCGUGUUUGCCAAGCACGGCCUCCAGAAGAUGAACCCCGUUGGUGGCAAAUACGAUCCCUACGACCACGAGAUCGUCUGCCACGUGCCAGCCGAGGGCAUGCAGCCGGGCACGAUAGCGCUGGUGACUCAGGAUGGCUACAAACUCCACGGGCGCACUAUCAGACACGCACUCGUCGGGGUGGCAGUGGAGUCACAGGAGUGACCCCCACCCAUCGGCCCGGGGGACCCUAAUGAGCCGAGGAGCCCUUGGCCCUCGGUGACAACUGCAGCUGCAUGUCUUUAUUUAUUAACCUAGAUUUCUAUGUUGUAUGUUGGCUUCUUUACAAUGUGUGCAGUUAUUUUGCCAUUAAUUCGAAGGUACUUGUAUAUUUAAUGUUCUUUUUUUGGAGUAUGUGGAGUAGUAGAAGUCCGGCUUUUUCUACCAUAAACAGUGGCACUGUAGUCCCCUACUCUGUUGCUGCUUUCAAGUCUCCAUUAAAAAUUUAUGGGGAAGCAGAGGGAAUGUGAGAGAGAGAAAUUAUCGGAGAGCUAGGGAAUCUUGUCUCCUAAUUCUGUCUGAGACAGACUCCUCCUGUGGCCUUUAGGCAGGCAACUUCUCUGCCUCAGUUUCCCUGUCUGUAUUAAGGGGCUAUACUAAUACUUACCGACCUACCUCACAGGGAUGUGGUGAGGCUUUUUCUUUGCAAGGCACUCGGGCGAGGAAAAGCUCCAAGUGCUAAGUAUCAUGAGGCUGGUUGUGGUGUCUUCCCUUGUCCCCAGAUCCCUCAGGUGGGGAUGGAGAUGAUCACUUGAAAUGGCCGGUAGAGCCACGUUUUUCUUCUUGCUUUUCAGGAAAACAGUCCUGAAUUAAUGACAUCUGUUUUGUACAGCAGAUGAAUAUGGAUGAGGUUUUAAAGAGAAUUCAGUUGUCAUGGUCAUGUCGAAGUUUAAUGUGUUCAUCUUUGUUCUCUGGGUAGAAUUUCAGCUUACCUCCCUCUUUUUGAGGGGAAGAAUAGGGAGUGGUCCUUGAUGGGACAUCUAAAACCAUUCUCAAAUCUCUCCAACAAAAAAUAGUAGAUUUUGGAGGACAGCUGUAUCUCUUCCUUGGUUGAUAUUUGUGCAGCCUCCAGGUAUGAUAAACUGUAUAGUCUUUAAUGCUGCUGGCAGGAUGGAGAUAUGCCCUUAAUUAAGAAAUCUAGCUUUAUUUUCUCAAGCUCUCCAGUUACAGUCCUCAAAUAACACUAGCUUCCAGUUCACAUUCAGAUUCUACUUUUGUCUCGUCGUGGUAAAUACUUUUUUUUCCUUUGAACAAAGGAAGGAAAGAAAUCCUUUCUACUGCAAGUCUCAAGUGUCCUUGAACCAAUUUUAGCAACAGUGACAAGAAAGCAAAGAGAAACAGAAGGCUGUGAAAGUGAACGCUGACCUGAAGCCAUCUCCCUGGUUAGAGACGUGCUGUUGUCGCAGGCUGGCAUGUGCAUUUCGCAGUGGUUCUCUUGCCUGGGAGUCUGUUUCUCUAAAAAGAAAGGAUUCAGACCUCAGACUGAAGUCAGAAUUUAACCCUUUGGAGAGUAAUGAGCAGCACAGCGACAGAAGAAUUAUUCAAGGCUAUGUCUGCAUUACACAAAAUCAAGGCCAAGUAAUGGUUGGGUUUUCAGGUUGCUUUUUCCUGAUUCAUUCAUUCUUGCCUCUUCACUUCCUAGAGCUGAAUCUGUAGCCCGAUAACUAUUUGUGAUUUGCUUUUAAAACCUCUUUCUUUAUGGUGGCCGCCAUCAGUGGUUUGGAAAGAAGCUUAUUCUUCACCCGUUCCUUUACAGGUUUCAGUAGCAUAACGAUGGACUUGCAGCAGCCUUCAGCUAUCAGCUAUGAACAGUCUGUCAUAUGGAGAGAUGUUGUAGAACGUAUGCAGCCUAUUGAUUGUCAUUCCAGAAUUUUGAGAGAAAGAAGACGGACAUUUCUCUUCUCUUUUGCUGAACGCAAGCUGCUUUAGUGGCAAUUGUACGUGGAGGACGUGGAGCGGCUCGCGUUCUGGUGAUGCUUUUUUGAAGCGUAGUUUGUGCCUCGGAGUGGUUGGGUUUUCAGGCAGGUACCUGAAACUUCAACCCUGGAACAGCGCUUCAUGGCAGCGUUAGAUCACUUUGAGUAAGUCUCCAGUUCAGUGCUCUUGUUUAUCACAUUUUUGGAAAUCUUAGAGAAAUACUGGACUUCCCGUUCUUUUCUUUUCUUUUUUGAGUGGUCCUGCAUGGUGACUGGGUAGGCAGGUGAUGUCCGCUCAGGAGAGAAUAGGUACGAUAUGAAAAGUGGCAGUAAAACUGUGCCCUGCUGCUUCAUGACCCUGCAGCCUUUUCUGAGGAACCUGCAUCUUGGGCUGGAAAGAGCAAUUUCCAUCCUUUAUGCCAUUUCCAUCCCUGAUGUCGCAGCUGAGCCUUUCUGAGGAUGUAAGCGGAGGGCUGGUAAUGGAAGCUAACUUGUAAUGUAAACCUUUAUAUCUAAGGAACUGAGCAGAAAUAGUCAUUUCCUGUAACAAGUGGUUUUCAAUUAGAAAAAGAUUGCAACUUACCCAAGCUAGAGCUGAAGCAGCGUGCAGCCAGCGGGAUCAGAUCAGAUCCAGAGCCUCUCCGACUGACCCAUUUCAGUCACUGUACUAGUAAAGUGAAGUACAUGUACUCAGUCCACCUUGGGGCUCUUCACCAUCACCCCAACUAGUAAUGACCCGCUUUUUGUCUUAAGGACAUACCCUAAAAUGCACUUAGAAACUCCUUCCAUCUGUAAUGAGAGGUUAUUGACGUAGGGUCUGUGUCCGGGAUCCUCGUUCCUUGAGGCCCCGUUGUGUGGCUAGAACAGAAACGGAAGGGAUCAGGUUCCUUCUUUGCCCUCCCACCAGUCCUGUUUAAUUCUGGACAACUUAUUUUCCCUCUUUAUGCCCCAACUUUGUAACUCUCUGAAACUUCUAGCAGGCUUAACAGGCUUUUCUGAUGGCUGCUGUAAGAUUACCCAUUACCUAAAGACACUUAUACAGAAAAUACCAAAGAGAUAAGUGGUGUUGCUGCUGUUUGUCCUAGCUUUCUGCUUCCUUUGAAUUGUGAAAAUGAGCACGCUAAACCUGGAUUCCAUCAGAGAAUUUAGGCUUCCAGAUUUGAUCCUCAAGCACACUUAAUGAUUUUUUUUAAUAGAUAGGAUUGUCUAAGGAUGGAUUUAAUUUCUCCUUUCUAGAUACCAGUUCCCUCGUUGUCUUCCAUGUUUGUGUAGAGCCUACACAAUGGGACAGGUUCCUUGUGGCGCUCUCCAGAAUUCCACCAGAGAGGAAUCUGGCCCAGGAGCUCUUUCUGUCUCCAGCCACUUUAUCCAAUGACUAUUAAAGCACAGGAAUGUGCUAGAAGGGACAGAACAGCAGGAGAGAGGAACAUCAGCGAACGCGUGAGUUGUUUCCACUCUGUUAGGCCAGCCACGAGCCGAAGAGCUUGAGCUGGGAACACAGGCAACUUGAUAUCAAACACAUGCAGUGAUGUAUAGAGAUAUAGAGAUACAUACGUGGCUGCUCUUGGAAGUCAGGCUGUACCCAGGCAUUUGCCUUGGUUGUGACCCUGCCACGUCUUAUCAGUGCCACAGAAUUUGAGUUAAGCUCCUGGAUGGGUCUUCGUGGCACCGUCCCAUGCGUGGCAGUGCCUCGACUCUGACCACGAGCAGUACAGAAUGUGAAUGUCACUUUGUGGACCUUAAAUUCAGUGCUUCAGCAGCAGAGCUUCUGUUGAAACAGCUGUGAUAAAUCAAUGGCUAUUAGCA